UUUAAAUGUUAAUUUAUUUAUUUAUACACAAUAUAUUCUAUAAAAACGUUUAUAAUCGUCCAAAUUUCUGGUCUCAUUAACAAAGGCCGCUGUCACAAAAUUUUUAUGGCGAAAUACGUCGUUUGGUGUAUCAAAAUGGUGUCCAUACGCAGAGAACGUAUAUCAUUUUACGUUCUCUGCCAUCCGUGCUUGGCAGUGCUGCCCACUCAACUUGUAGAAACAGAAAAAUCAGAGAAUGUAAAAUAUAAAAAAAAACUACAUUCUCUGGAAAAAUAUUUGAAUUUAUGGCAACACUCUCUACAUAGCGUUACCAACUAUCGAUUGUUUUCAUAUUACAGCUGUUUCGAAGCUGUUUGGACACAUCGUCAAUAUAUUCAUAAAAUUUGUUAAUAUUGCUAUAAAUUAGUUAAAUGGUGUUCGAAUAUGACAGCAACUUUGCGUUAUCGUGGUGAUAAAAACAAUCUUAUUGAAUUGGCAAAAAAUUUGGAUGCGUUCAAGAAAGUGCCGGAAAAAUAUACAGAAACAACAGAAAUAGGGGGUACAUUAUCUUUGUUAAGUCGUUUGCUCAUUAUUUACCUCAUUUACAAGGAGGUAUGCUAUUACAAAGAAGCUGAUCUCAUUUAUCAAUUUGAACCUGACAUCGACAUGGAUGAUAAAGUACAAAUGCAUGUCGAUAUCACCAUAGCCAUGCCAUGCUCCUCCCUUUCUGGCGUUGACCUAAUGGAUGAGACACAACAGGAUGUAUUCGCGUAUGGUACAUUACAACGGGAAGGUACUUGGUGGGUUUUACCUGAAGAGGAGCGUCUCCAAUUCGAACGCAUGCAGCAUAUGAAUACAUUUUUGCGAGAAGAAUAUCACUCUGUUGCGGAUAUUCUUUUUAAAGAUAUUAUUAAGAAUAAUGAAGUGAAUGUGAAACCAAUAGGAAACUUGAAGAAACUUCCGGAGGAGCAAUAUGAUGCAUGCCGUUUACACGGAACAUUGGGUAUUAAUAAGGUCGCUGGAGUUCUGCACUUGGUUGGUGGUGCGCAGCCAUUUGUUGGGCUCUUUGGCGAUCACUGGACAAUCGAUUUUCGACGUACGCCAGCUAAUUUCACGCAUCGCAUCAAUCGUUUAAGUUUUGGUCAAUAUUCACGGCGCAUCGUACAACCGCUUGAAGGCGACGAAACGCUAGUAGCCGAUGAAGAAACAACGGUACAAUACUUUUUGAAAAUCGUACCCACCGAAAUACACAAUACAUUCACAACAAUCAAUACGUAUCAAUAUUCAGUGUCAGAGAAUGUGCGUCAAUUGGACUCGACCAAAAAUUCGUACGGCUCGCCUGGCAUCUAUUUCAAAUACGACUGGUCGGCAUUGAAGAUCAUUGUACGCACCGAUCGCGAUAAUCUCGUGCAGUUCAUAAUACGACUAUGUUCCAUCAUAGCUGGCAUCAUCGUUAUCUCAGGCAUUUUAAAUUCUAUGUUGGUCUCUAUGCAGCGCCUUACCAUCAAUAUAUUUGCACCGCAACUCUUACAGCAAACACUAAGUCAGCAACACGCUAGUGCUAACCGCGAGUGUGGCGCACAUGUCGCUGUUGGAGCUGGUGCUGUGAAUAUGAAUCUCGCAAGCGCUAGCUCCGCAGCGCCCACGACUAAAGUAUUGUCGAAUAAUCUUAUAAAUACGGCGAAUAGCAUGUCUGACAGCAUAAGCCUACUAAAUGCCACAACUACAACAACUAGCAUUCCAACGAUUGUCCCAAUAGCCGUUGCUGAGCAGCCAACAUCCAAGUAGCCGAUUUGCAUAGGUUCAUCGUAAAAGAUUUUUUACACUGCGUUCGCAGUGUUUAAAGUCACAAAUAAUUUUUAAGCAAAACAUCUUUCAUAUGUUCUUUGUAAGAAUAAGCUACUAUUUUUUAUUUGGCAUUACAAUGUGGCUCACAGCUAAUAAAUAUACAAUUUAAAACCAACAA